AUGAAAAUUCGAGUGGUUCAGAUCUGGGGGUUCCUGAUGACGGUACUGGGUUGGAUCUUCGUGGCCUGCACUAUGGCAAUGGAGGGCUGGAAGAUUGCCUCCGUUGGGGGCAUGGGAGGUUCGGCUGUCAUCAAGGUAGCCUGGCACUGGACUAGUCUGUGGAGAUCUUGUUUUACAGACUCAACUGCUGUCACCAACUGUUAUGAUUUCCCUGUACUCUGGUCUGUGGAAGACUAUGUCCAAAUAGUGCGAGCCCUGUUGAUGUCGGCUCUUUCUGUAGGCAUGCUGGGGUUUGUACUUAGUCUGCUGGGUAUGGAGUGCACCUACAUUGGAGGAAAAGUACAAUCAAAAUACAAGAAGAUCUACAUCGGUGGAUGUUGCCACAUCAUCAGUGGAGUGCUGUCCACAUCUGGGUAUGGUGUCUAUGCACAGUAUGUCUAUGCAAUACAUAUUGACCCUGGCCCCACUGGACUCCAGUUUAACCUUGGCACCCCAAUAUUUCUCGGCUGGGUGGGUUCAGCCUUUCACAUCACUGGUGGUGCCUUCUAUCUAUGGUCAGUGUGUACACCGCUCUGUGGAGGAGAGAAAAAGGUGAUUGUCAAGGGAUUGCCAGACCCAUUGCAAAACAAGUCCACCACAUCUCUGUCCACAGUGUCGGAGAUCACAUCCAAGACCAAACUGUCCUCUAUUUCUGAGCUAUUAUCAAGGUCUGAGGGCUCAGAUUUAUCUAGCAUUGCCUCAAGAUCCAGACGCAUGGCCAAGUCAGGGCGUUCCACCCAGUCAGAAAGGUCUGAAAGGUUUGAGCUGAAGACAGAUUUAGGAUCAAGAUCAGGAUCUGGGUCACAGUCUGGCCUCUCUUCAAGGUCUAGCCUAUCAAGUCUGUCAGAAGUGAGGAGUGGCAGGAACAGCCAUAGAAGCAGGGCACAAACCUCCAUGUCAGGCACUUUAGGGAGUGAGAUUGCACCAUUUGUCAAAAACUCUUAUAUUUGA